CAAAAAGAAUUCACAAGCUUCAUCAAUGGAUUACACUGUCGAUAUGAGCUGUGUGAUGAAAGUGAACAGAAGCUGCGAGCUUUGUCGGCAAAAAGUGACAGAAGUCAUGCAUUGUGUCAACGGAGUAUACUCUGUGGAUUUUGUCGGAGACGACAACUCAAUGAAACUAAAGGCGAGGGUAAACCCUAAUAUAUUGUUGGCGGUUAUUGAACGGUACGGCGAACAUGGAAAGAUCACCAAUCUCCGUUUCGACGGAGAAGUUAUGACUCCACGUGGCGGAGGCGGGGGCUAUUACGGUCAAUCAGGCUAUUACCUUCCUUCCUGCACCGCCGGUAGUUAUUAUCCAAAUUCUUCGUAUUCGUAUCCCCCUCCUCCGCCGUAUGCUUUUACCGGAAACUAUGCUCACCCUACGGCGGAUCAUGCACCACGGAACCCGCAUACAACACCUCCGUCGUAUACUCUGCCUCCGCCAGCGCCAAGACCGUUGUAUAGUUUCUCUUACGUAGAACCGCAGUAUCGGACGUCGAGUUCGUCGGGUAGAGGGCGUUGUGUGAUCAUGUGAUGCACCCGACUCUGAACUAUCUUGUUGAUGUAGAUGAUAAUCUUCUUGUACGUUUUGGUUCAUAUUCUUGAUCGCUGCUUAUUUAAAAAGCGACUGCGUGGAUUCUCAACUUUUUCUUUGUUUUUGUUUUCAAGAAAUAACCUAAACUAACACACACAAAUUUGUGGACUAAUGGACUAGAUACUAGA